CGGGGAGGCGGCGCCGGGCGUCCCCGCGCUUCCCGCGAGAUCCCGCUCCACCCGCUCCGCCCCGCUCGCCGCGCUCCCCGCUCCCCGCGCCGCGGCACUUCCUGCCUCCGCGCCCGCGCCGCCCGCCCUCUCCCGCGCCCGCCGCCCGCCGUCCGCCGCUCGGCGCCGCACCCGCGGGCGCCCCCGGAGGUGCUUGGGGCUCGGCCGGGUCGCCGCCCAGCCCGCCGCCCCGCGCGCCGCUUUGUCUCGGGCGGGGCGCGCGGGAGAGGCCGCCAGGUGCCCCCCGCCGCGGGCCCGGGCCCCCCGCCCCGGGGCGGCGGCGGUGGCGCCGGGCCCCGGGGCGGGGGGCGCGCCGGGAUGGGCCCCAAGCGGCGGCAGCUGACGUUCCGGGAGAAGUCAAGGAUCAUCCAGGAGGUGGAGGAGAACCCGGACCUGCGCAAGGGCGAGAUCGCGCGGCGCUUCAACAUCCCGCCGUCCACACUCAGCACCAUCCUGAAGAACAAGCGGGCCAUCCUGGCGUCGGAGCGCAAGUACGGAGUGGCCUCCACCUGCCGCAAGACCAACAAGCUGUCCCCCUACGACAAGCUCGAGGGGCUGCUCAUCGCCUGGUUCCAGCAGAUCCGCGCCGCCGGCCUGCCCGUCAAGGGCAUCAUCCUCAAGGAGAAGGCGCUGCGGAUCGCCGAGGAGCUGGGCAUGGACGACUUCACCGCCUCCAAUGGCUGGCUGGACCGCUUCCGCCGGCGCCACGGCGUGGUGUCCUGCAGCGGGGUGGCCCGAGCCCGCGCGCGCAAUGCCGCCCCGCGGCCGCCCGCCGCCCCGGCCAGCCCGCCUGCCCCCUCGGAGGGCAGCGGCGCGGGCGUGACGGGCUGGCUUGCCCGCGAGGAGCAGCCGCCGUCGGUGGCCGAGGGCUACGCCUCCCAGGACGUGUUCAGCGUCACCGAGACCAGCCUGUGGUACGACUUCCUGCCCGACCAGGCCGCGGGGCUGUGCGGCAGCGACGGGCGGGCACGCAGGGCCACCCAGCGCCUGAGUGUCCUGCUGUGCGCCAACGCGGAUGGCAGCGAGAAGCUGCCCCCUCUCGUGGCGGGAAAGUCGGCCAAGCCCCGCGCAGGCCAAGCCGGCCUGCCCUGCGACUACACCGCCAACUCCAAGGGUGGUGUCACCACUCAGGCGCUGGCCAAGUACCUGAAGGCCCUGGACACCCGCAUGGCUUCCGAGUCCCGCCGAGUCCUGCUGCUGGCCGGACGCCUGGCUGCCCAGUCCGUGGACACCUCGGGCCUGCGGCAUGUGCAGUUGGCCUUCUUCCCACCUGGCACCGUGCAGCCGCUGGAGCGGGGAGUGGUCCAGCAGGUGAAGGGCCACUACCGCCAGGCUAUGCUGCUCAAGGCCAUGGCCGCACUGGAGGGCCAGGAUCCCUCCGGCCUGCAGCUGGGCCUCAUGGAAGCUUUGCACUUCGUGGCUGCGGCCUGGCAGGCAGUGGAGCCUGCGGACAUAGCUGCCUGCUUUCGUGAGGCUGGCUUUGGGGGUGGCCCUAAUGCCACCAUCACCACUGCCCUCAAGAGUGAAGGGGAGGAAGAGGAGGAGGAGGAGGAGGAAGAGGAAGAAGAGGAGGGGGAAGGGGGGGAGGAGGAGGAGGAGGGGGAGGAGGAAGAAGAAGGUGAGGAGGAGGAAGAAGGGGGAGAAGGGGAGGAAUUGGGGGAGGAAGAGGAGGUGGAAGAGGAGGGUGAUGUGGAUGACAGUGAUGAAGAGGACGAGGAAGAGGAGGAGGAGAGCUCCUCUGAGGGCUUGGAGGCCGAGGACUGGGCCCAGGGUGUCAUGGAGGCUGGCGGCAGCUUCGGGGGCUACAGUGCCCAGGAGGAGGCCCAGUGCCCUAGCCUCCACUUCCUAGAAGGCGAGGAGGACUCUGAGUCAGACAGCGAGGAAGAAGAGGAAGACGAGGAGGAUGAGGAGGAUGAAGAUGACGAAGACGAUGACGAGGAUGGUGACGAGGUGCCUGUGCCCAGCUUUGGGGAGGCUAUGGCUUACUUUGCUAUGGUCAAGAGGUAUCUGACCUCCUUCCCUAUUGACGAUCGUGUGCAGAGCCACAUCCUCCACUUGGAACAUGAUCUGAUCCACGUGACCAGAAAGAACCACGCCAGGCAGACAGGCGUUCGGAGUCUUGGCCAUCAAAGCUGAACCACUGGGCCUAGCCAUGUCCCUGGCUCAGAUGUGGCAGCACCAGCCCAGGGUAGAGAACUCUCCAGGCAGCUGCUGUGGCUGGCUUGGGGGAGGGAGGGCCCUGAUCCUUUAGUAAUGUUGCCCCAGCCCUGGAGUUGGCCCAGCCACCUUGGUAGGGCCUGGAGCUGGGAUCAGCCUCACUGCCUGCUUACUGCCUCUUUCUCAGAAUCCUCUUUCCUCCCCAUUUGUCCCUGGGAUUGGGGGACCAGGUGGGGAGGGUGGGGAGCUGUCCGGUGCUACCACACCGUGCCAUCAGUGGACUAGGCCACAGCGGCAGCCAGGGUCAGGCCCUGGAAGCUCCUGGCCAAGAGUGCCUCUCCCCUCCACCGUCCACACCAUGUAAUUGGUGGAGGGGACCCUCAAAGCCAUUCUGGGAAGGGCUCCAGAGGAAGGUCCAGCCUAGGCUACCACAAGGCUGGCAGCCCCCCCAACCCCCGCCCCUGGGCCACUUCUAGAAGCACAGUCACUGCAGGCUCCUGAGCCUGCCUCUACCUGCUCCCCCACCUCUCCAGUCCCUUUCUCUGGCCCAGUCCAUGUUACUUUGGCUCUUGGUUUUCUUUCUAAAUUCCCCAAAGGACCUCCAGGGGAGUAAUACUGGGUGCUUCCCUGUGGGCAGCUGCAGGCCCCAUGCCUCUCAUCCCUCUGUAGGGCCCUAUCCUGGGCAGUGGUCUGGGACUGGACCCAGAGUUCAGCCAUCUAUCUGCUCCUUUCCCAGUCUGAAUUCAAUAAAUCCAUCCACCCCCAUUUUGUGGGGGUGAAUGUUUUAACAGCCAA